AUGCAUACAACAGCAGAUUUUGUUUUACAUGGUGGUAAUGCAGCAUUUGCAAACAGACAGAAAUUGUUGUUUGAUAAACUAUCAGAUGCAGAGCAAGAAUGUAAUAAGAAUAAAAUGGUUGUUGAAUCUACAGAAUCUACAAUGGACAUUGACAGUGAAUCAAAUUAUUCUCAAAUUGUAAAAGCUGGUCGUAAAAGUCAAACGAGAAGAUUUCGUGGUAAAGAGAGUAUUUUCAAACGGCCAGAAGGUCCAGCACCACGUGCUUUGAGCAGAAAUAUACCAGAUUUUCAUAAGAAUCCUCAUAAAUGGAAAAAAUAUAGUUUAGAUGAUGUGUCCAAUGAUGAUAUGACAGAAGAGAGUAAUACAAGGGCUGCAUUAUCAUUUUUGAAGGAAUUGAAAGCAAGAAAAUCAAUGGAAAAAAAACAAGAAUCAGAGAAAAUGGAUGUAGACGAAUCUGGUUCUGGAAAAAGGAGUCAAGCAAAAAUAAUGUUCAAACCCAAGAAACAGAAAAUAUCUGCUAAAGAUGUUGAAUUUAAGAAACCAGAAAAUAAUGUAGAUAAAACAGGCAAUAUGCCAGUUGUUAUUGAAACUGAUGACAAGCCAGUCUUCAAAAGUAGCAAAAUUAUCAUGCCAGAAUAUGUUGUUGGCCAGAAGAAGAAGAAAAAAAUUAAGAGAGACAUUCAUCCUGUGAAAGUAGACAGAGCGAAACAACUUAAACUGGAUCAUCUAGAAGAACCUGAUGAAGAGGAAAAUUGA